AUGUCUGCGAGCAGGAUCGUCGCCUACACCAGCCCCAAGCCCUGCUCUCACCUGGCCACGUACAGGAAGAAGCACGGCCUCAGGGGCUACGCUUCUCUGCGGGACCUUCUCCGUACAAGCCCUAAUGGACGCACCGCGUUGGGGUGUCUGAAAUCACCGGUGCCCGCGUGUGAUCUCUGCUCCGCCCAUCUCGGCAGGCUGUAUCUCUGCCUGGUCUGCUCCUCGGUCUCCUGCUUGGAUCAUUCCAUCGCCCACGCAGCGGCAGAGAUGGGGCACGAGAUCGCGGUGGACGUAGACAGGGCGGAGCUGUUCUGCUGCACCUGCGCCGACCAGGUAUACGAUCCAGACUUCGACACCGCCGUCAUGGCGAAGCAGAUCGAGGAGCUCCCGAAGCGGCGGGAAGCGGCCUGCGGGGGACGGAAGCGGCGGCGGCCGGAGCGGAUCACGAGGGAGCUGGUGCCGGCGGUGUGCCGGCGCGCCGUGUUGGACCCGUCUGGGUUGCCAUGGGGAUUGCGAGGGAUGAACAAUCUGGGGAACACUUGUUUCAUGAACUCUGUCCUCCAGGUGCUCCUGCACACGCCGCCUCUGAGGUGGUACUUCUUGGGUGAUCACCACCGGCGGGAGCUUUGCAGUCGGCGGCGGCGGCGGAAGGGAUCCGUCACGGAAGGGCCCUGCCUGGCCUGCGACCUCGAUAGCGUCUUCUCCGCCGCAUUCUCUGGAGAUCGGACCCCGUACAGCCCUGCCCAGUUCUUGCACAGGUCAGGCAUCGGUGGGUCUGUCGAAAAGUCGUUAAAUUAA